AUGGACAAAGACGACAAACCGUCUAGUCGACUCUCGACCUCGAGAACAUUCCCAGUCAACAUCCACCACCGUCACCGCUCCGAAGUAACGCGUCCAUCAAACAAUAAUCAUACUCAGAAUAACAAUGAGCAAACACGCAACGGACCGGAGGAACGACAACCGUGGCCGCGGAGGUUGUUUGUCGACACAUCCGAUCUCGAGCCCUCAUCUUCCAACGAAAAGACCACCAAAAACAACAAGAACCAGAUUAACGACAACAGCAGCAACAAAUAUGGGAGUCACAAAUCACACCGACACUCUAAAUCUCGAGACCACCGCCUCCCCCGCGCCGUGAACCAAAUCACCUCCGCCGGUGGAGCGCGCAACCUCCUCCCCAACCGCUCAUUCCAUCGGCAUACGCAAAGCCACGGCCACCCAUAUUUCGGCGUUGGCGGCGAGAGAGAGAUAAUCCCUGAAAUCAGCUUCUUAAAACCUUCGAGCAGCUCGAGAGAAGAUCCGUCGCGCUCGUCACGGUUUGGAUCGAGAUCGUCGAGUGCGCAGCGAAACGCAAAUAAUGCUAAUGGCGGGAGKCGGGGKACCAGCCUCGUAGCUACGGAGGAAGAUGAUAGUGAGGAUGUGAGUCGCAAGCUUAGUCUGACGACCGCGCGAGGGAAGGAGAUUAAGACGGCGGAGGAUUUGGGGUUGGCGCGAAGGGAGCGCGAGAAAGGGGAGGAAAUCCUACGGUCGAAACUUGCAGGUAUAGGCACCCUCGCGACGGAUAUAACACGGCGGUUGGAUUACACAUAUUACAACCUGCUGGAACGCAUAUCGACGCUACACUCGACGAUAAACACGUUUCAGGAACUGGUCGAUUCUAGCGCAACGCUGCACGAAAGUUUCCAGCGCGAUAAUUCCGCGCUUGAGUCAGAUAUACAUAAACAACUCGCAGAUUUUGCCAAAUUCGAGCCCCAGCGUCAGAGGAUCGAUGAGCUGGAACGACGCAUGAAGGCGGGAAGGAGUAAAAUGGAGAAUCUGGGUGAAAGACUUGAGAAAGUCCGAGGGGAGAUUGAAGGGUGGGAACGAAGAGAAGGCGAGUGGCAGGCGAGAGUUACGCAGAGGUUGAGGGUGUUGGGAGGGUUUGUGGUGGGAUUGGUGUUGAUGGUCAUUGUUGCGUAUGUUUUGAGGUCUAUUCCUUCAGCAUCGCCGACGGUACAGGACCUGAAUUCCAGGAUUGAAAUGUUGUCGCAGUCGUCACGUUCUGUGCCUGAUGCGCCUACGGAUAGUGUGGAUGUUGACGUUGAUAUGAAGACAUUUCUGAAAUCGCCGCUGCUCACGAAGAGUACGAAUGACGAGGUAGAUGAGCCCCCGAUUACUGAAACGAAUACUCAUCAAAGCAGCAGCAACAACCCAGCAGAUCCCCUUCGCCUCUUUGACGAACUUUGA